AUGCCUCGGAGGCAGAAGAGUAAGCUCCGUGCCCUUGAGAAAAGACGGCAGGCCCAGAGUGAGACUCAGGGUCUCAAGGAUGCUCAGGCCACUGCAGCAGAGGUUGAAGAGGCCCCCUCUCUUCUUUCGGGGGAUUCGCCCCCGAGCGCCCCGGCUCCUGACCCACCCCAGGAGCCUCAGGGAGCCUCAGCCAGUAGCUCUCCCGAUGCAGGUGUCACAUGCCCAAGAUCUGAUGCCAGUGCCAAGAGCCAAGGUGAGGAAACACCAAGUGCCUCCCAGGCAGCACGCCCCACUCCACGGGUUCGCAAAGAUCUUCUAGCCAGGCAGGUGACCAAAAUGAUGCAGUACCUGCUGGAGAAGCUGAAUAGGAAGGAGCCCAUCACACAGGCCGCACUGCUGAAGUUUGUCAAGCGAAAGUACCAAGAGCACUUCCCUGAGAUACUCAAGGCAGCCUCUGAGCGCAUGGAGCUGGUCUUUGGCCUUCAGCUCAAGGAAGACAAACCCAAUCGUCGCACCUAUUCCUUUGUCAACAACCUGGGCCUCCCGAUUGAGGGAGACCUGAGCAGCGAUGAGGUCUUGCCCAAGACCGGGUUCCUCAUGGUGCUCCUGGGCGUGAUCUUCAUGAAAGGCAACCGCGCCACUGAGGAGGAGAUCUGGGAGUACCUCAAAGUGUUGGGGGUCCGUCCUGAGAGAAGUCAUCCCAUCCUCGGGGAGCCCAGGGAAUUCGUCACCAAGGAUCUGGUUCAGCAAAAGUACCUGGCUCACCGCCAGGUGCCCAACAGUGAUCCCCCACGCUACGUGUUCCUGUGGGGCCCAAGAGCCCACACUGAGACCAGCAAGAUGAAAGUGCUGGAGGUUAUGGCCAAGAUCAAUAAUACGGUGCCCAAUGCCUUCCCAAACCUGUAUGAGGAGGCUUUGAGAGAUGACGAAGAUAAAGCAUGGUUGAGAGCCGCAGUCAUUGUUGGCCCUUUUAACAAGGCCAGUUUUCUGUCCAGGGCCAUGUCCGGCAGCACCUCCCAUGUCUAG